GUCUCAGUAAGUCUCUAACUUGCCUGGGCAGGGUUGAAACUUGUGAUGCUACUGCCUUAGCCUCCCAUAGCACUGGGAUUCCAGGCAUCUGCCACCAAGCCUGGCUUCAUAGUCUUUGGGCUGUGUUCAAUCCUCUUGAAAGCUCUAGAGGCUCUGUCCUUGGCCUCAUGGGGGAUAACUGAGGACAGAAAACAUUACCAGGCCUAUCCUAAUCGAAGACCACACAGAGCAUGACACACCGUACCAGAUCCUGAAGCCCUGUCCCCCUGGGUUGCCGAGUCCUCAACACACCUUGCAUGUGAGUCCCCACGUCUAAGGGAAACACCCUCCACUCAUCCAGCAUGGUCUCACAGGGCGUAUGACUGCCUUCACAACCUGGCCAGGGUCUCUUCUGUUUGUUUGUGCUAGGCCAAAGGCUGCUGCCCUAUGGGACAUUGUUGAGGGCUAGCUGAAGUAAGCGUCCCCAUUGUGGAUUGGCAUAGGUCUCAAGCUCACCCCUCAGAUCUGAAGACGGCUAUAGCUGUUACACUGUCCACUUCCCGGGGCUGGCCCAGGAGGAGACAGAACAAUCACCAUUCAUUGGCUCUUGGUUCUCUUGACAGUUUUAAACCAUCUGGCUGGAUCUCGAGGCCUUCCCCUCAGCCUCCCCGGUGUUUCUACGUGUCUCUGCAAGUCUCUGCGUAGGCGUCCUGGAGUCACCUUCCAGAGUGGCGGCGGCGGUUGUGGCAGCGGCAGCAGCAGCAGGCAGCUGGCAGCAGGGGAGGGUGGGCCUCAGAUUCGGGAGGGGGUGAUGUGCUUGCUGGCUGGACAAGAAAGCAGCGUGGACCUGCCUCAAGGCCACCCGUGCCUGGUCAGGCUGGCUUCUGAUGUUCAGUCCCCUGGGCUGGGACACUUGUUUUUUAACAUCUUGAAAUUUAACUCUGUGCUUGUAGAAGACUGUAACCUUUUUGUCUUUUUUUUUUUUUUUUUUAACAAAAACAACCUCCACCUCCAGUGGCUGUGACUGGUCCCAGUGAGUGUACCUUACUGGUCGCUGUGGGUCUGGGCGGGCCUGGAGCCAGAAGGCGACUACUUUUGCUCCCCUGUGCCACCUAAGGUGGGGAGAGAGGGAGGUUUCAGACUCCGGUUUCUCUCCCUUGUCCUCUUAUUCCCAAGCCUCUUUGGACUCAGUAGAAGUGGCAGGAAACCUUUGCCAGCUUCCUGAGCUCUGCCUGAAGAUGGUUACCCAAUGCUAGUUGUGGAUAAGGGCUGAAUCUGUGACUACCAGCCACCCCUAGGAGCUGGGCCCCAAAAGCAGGCCACCUCUUGCUGCAGGGCCAUUCAAUGCCUUCCCAGCUAGGAGGGGCACUGUCUCGCCUGUCUUGUUAAUAUAGUGCCUGUGCUAGAGGUUCGAGAGGUGAGUGUCCUCCAGGUUCCUGGCCGGGGCCUCUGCCACUGUGGCUCCUCUGCUCCCGUGCCCGCUGUCUCUUCUGAUUCUGGUGGCUCCUCCCUCCCCUAAUUAAAGUCUCUUCUUGCCCUUUGGGGCUGCAUGAGGUCUGUAAUCUGUGUGUAUGAACCAAAAGGAGGUGGGCUGUUUCAUCCAGAGGCCAUGCAGCUGGUCCUUAGGUCUAGUUCUCCCCACAAGACAGACUUGGAUCUUGGAUCAAUCUACUGGUAUCCCAAGGAAAGUCCCAACCAACCCAGAGACCCAUCCUCUGCAGUCCCAGCGCCAUCACUUCUGGAAAUGCUGUCUUUUCCUUCGGAGCUUUGGUGGUUUUACUAUAAUCUCAUUCAGGCUGAAAGCUGAUUUAACCUCAGAAACAAUGAUCUCAUUUCAUGUUUAAGGAAACAGGUUCUGGGAGAUGGCAUGGCUUGCUCUAGAUCCUCCAGCCUCUGAGCAAAAGGGUAAACUGCCUGUGUUAAAGCAGCAAUCACUUCCCCAUGUGGCUAAAUUAUUACAGUUAAAUAAAGUUUAAAAUCUGGUUCCUCAGUCCCGCUGGUGGCAUUUCAAGCGGUCAGUAGCUACAAGUGACUUGUACCUAACAUCUCAAACAGCACAUAUUUCCUAUUUCUGUCAUCAGAGUUAUUCUAGAAAGUGCUGGCCUUUUUAUUGAUGCCUUGAAGUAAACAGCUUGUGUCUGAGUCCUGACUGUUGUUGCUACAUUUGGGCACAUUUGUAUUUUGUGCCUCAGUUUCUUAAUCUAUAAAGUAGAGAUGAUGAAAGUGGACCAACGGUCCCUGCCGCAUGGGCACUGAGUGAACAGUGGCUAGUGGUUCUUCAGGCCAGUGUCCGGGCUGGUACCCCAUGUUGUGCUAGGGGGUAGGGGUAGAAGAGGGAGGCAUGUAAAUAGGUGCAGUGGAGAAUUUAUUAUAAAGUCACUACUAGAAAUCGGGGUGGGGGAGGUGAUGUAUGAGAGGGUGGGUCAGGGAAACUUCAGAAAGGACCCGGCUUUGAGCUGAACUUUCCAAAAACUGUCCUCCUGAUGACCCAAGAAAUCUCUUAAAGGGGAGGACAAGUAAUGGUAAAGGGAAGAGGGGUUGGGUUGGGGGCAGCCUGAACGACUAUCACGCCCUUUAUGACAUUAUCUCUGUGACCUCUGCCUGGCUGGCUGAGUUAUACCUCCAUGCAGGCACUUGAGUGUUAAAGGUGCUGGGAGUGAAGCUGGAUGACCAUGAGGACAUGGCAGCUGGCCACUCAACCAUCUCAGGACACCGCUGUCUGGCGCCCCUGGUCCUCUGGCCCGGGUUCUCCAAGUCGUCUCACAUGGGCCGGCUCAGAAACGCCAAGAUCCACGUAGAGAAAGCUGUGAAGCAGAAGAAAAUUUUUAUGAUCCAAGGCCGAUACCCCGUGAUCCGGGGUCUCUUACGCCGGAGGGGCUGGGUGGAGAAGAAGAUGGUCCAUCACUCAGGCACCAUGCUGCUACCCCUGCAGAAGGAUAACUCAGUGGUAGGGGACAGUGAUACCACUGAAGAUGAAGAUGAAGAAGAAGAUGAGACACUCCAGCUACCACAGCUGGUGGACUUCGAUGGCUUUCUGGAGCUCCAUGACUUGGAUGGGACACAUGCUUUAAUGUCCCGCAUGGUUCGGAAUGAGACCCCUUACCUCAUCUGGACCACUCGACGGGAUGUGCUGGACUGUCGCUUCCUUGCCAAGGAUCAGAUGAUAAACCACUAUGCCCGAGCUGGCUCCUUUACCACAAAGGUGGGUCUGUGUCUCAAUCUCCGGAAUCUGCCAUGGUUCGAUGAGGCUGAUGCGGACUCCUUCUUCCCUCGGUGCUACCGCCUAGGUGCUGAGGAUGACAAAAAAGCCUUCAUAGAGGACUUCUGGCUGACAGCUGCCCGCAACGUUCUCAAGCUGGUGGUGAAGUCAGAGUGGAAGUCGUACUCUGUCCAGACAGAAGAGGAAGAGGCCACAGGAGAUAAGCAGCCUAAGAAGCAGGAAAAGAAGCCGGUGGUGGUGUCCCCAGAAUUUGUGGACGAGGCUCUGUGUGCAUGUGAGGAGCAUCUCAGCAACCUGGCCCACACGGACAUCGACAAGGACGUGGAGGCCCCGCUGUGCCUGAGCCCCGAGGGCUGGGCCCUCUUCCUCCAGCGCUAUUACCAGGUGGUCCACAAGGGCGCCGAACUCAAGCACCUUGACACUCAGGUGCAGCACUGUGAGGACAUCCUGCAGCAGCUGCGGGCCGUGGUACCCCAGAUCGACAUGGAGGGGGUUUGCAACAUCUGGAUCGUGAAGCCAGGAGCCAAGUCCCGUGGACGAGGCAUCCUGUGCAUGGACCGCCUGGAGGAGAUGCUGAAGCUGGUGGACUGCAACCCCACGGUGAUGAAGGAUGGCAAGUGGGUCGUGCAGAAGUACAUCGAGCGGCCCCUGCUCAUCUUUGGCACCAAGUUUGACCUGAGGCAGUGGUUCCUGGUAACUGACUGGAAUCCACUUACUGUGUGGUUCUACCGAGAAAGCUACAUCCGCUUCUCCACACAGCCCUUCUCCCUGAAGAACCUGGACAAGGCCACAACUUGGACAGGCCUCGCUGACGGGCUUUCUUCUCUGUCCAGUUCAGUACACCUGUGCAACAACUCCAUCCAGAAGCACCUGGAGAAUUCGAGCCACCGGCAUCCUAUGCUGCCCCCUGACAACAUGUGGUCCAGCCAGAAGUUCCAGGCCCACCUGCGGGAGACAGGGGCCCCAGACGCCUGGUCUGCAGUCAUUGUGCCAGGUAUGAAGGCUGCGGUGAUCCAUGCGCUGCAGACCUCCCAGGACACUGUGCAGGACCGGAAGGCCAGCUUUGAGCUCUACGGUGCUGAUUUUGUCUUCGGUGAAGACUUCCAGCCCUGGCUGAUUGAGAUCAAUGCCAGCCCCACCAUGGCGCCUUCUACGCCUGUCACUGCAAGGCUCUGUGCUGGGGUUCAAGCCGAUACCCUGCGCGUGGUCAUCGACCAUCGGCUGGAUCGCAGCUGUGACACAGGAGCCUUCGAGCUCAUCUAUAAGCAGCCUGCGGUGGAGGUACCCCAGUACGUGGGCAUCCGGCUCCUGGUGGAAGGCUCCACCAUCAAGAAACCCCUGGCCAUGUAUCAUCGACGGGUGGGGCUCCACCCUGCGCUUCCUCGUCUGCUGACCCAGCGAGGCUCUGUUGAAGGCAAGGACUCAGGGACCCCUACCCACAGGUCAGCUUCUAGGAAAGUUGGCGGGGCCAGGAGCCGGGGGCACAUGGAAAAGCCAGCCUCCACUGUCACUACCUUGGUCCCCGGAAAGGGGAAGAAAGGCAAGGCAAAAAGAGCCACAGCCCUGCUCUGCCCCAACCCCAAGCAGACCAGACUACCUUUGCAUCUGAAGAUUCCCAUCACCCCUGCACACCUGAGGGUCCCGAGAUGAUUUCUUCUGCUCUCCAAGACCCUCCUAUCCUUCUCGGUUUGCCCUCCUUUCAUGGACCCCUCAGUAGCAAGUCACAGCCAUGGCUCACCAAGUUUUCUUGUUAAAUAUGGAGCCCCACAAGUAUUGUCCCUUCAGGGCAGUUACCUGCCAGGUAGACAUUCCAAGUUAGGAGGCCCCAAGCCCAGGUGUUCCCAGAGUCUGCCUUUGCCUCCAGGCAGAGCAGCCUGGGGCAGCAAGAGAAAUACUCUACAGCACUUAGUGUGGACACCCUGCCCAAUUCCUCUGUCCUCAUAACAUAGUGAGGUGGGUGCUGUUGUCCUCAUUCUCCAGCCCAGGCAGCACGAAGUAUAAGGAAGUUGCCCGAGGUUGCACAACUCAGAAGGGUCAGAGCCAGGAUGCAGACCCAGGUCUGUUCGUCCACUGACCGCCUGUAGUGAACAUGUAAAACAUAGGACUUUGUGACCCCACAAAAAGUAGAAUUAAGCAAAAUAAAACUAGAGUGAAACUGAGUGAAGCUUGACAGCUGACAGCUUGACAGCUGACAGCCUGGGAGCUGAGUGUCAGGACAGAUAAGAGUUUGCUGUGACAUAUGACUAAGAGUUUGAAGUGAGGUAAUGGAGAGUGUCAAGGCGUUAACUCAGAUAAGGCUGGACACCUCCCGCCUUACGACCACCUUGAGUACAUGGCCUGAACGAUAAGGAGAGGUCAGGGUAUAAAAGCAGCGAACCCAAGACCAGUCGUCGUCGUCCACCGCGACCCAACCUGACUGUCACACGUCGCUGCUCCUCGCGACUUGACUGAUUGCUGCCGGAGGCUCUGCCAGAAUCCAGACCGAACAUCACGUCGCAGCUCGAACCUCUGCUCGACAGCCUCGCACUCCGUGCCACGGACUCAGGUCGUAUAGUCCUGUUACACUGGCGAUCGGGAGAACAUUCCAGUCCACACGAUAUGGUCCUGUUACAUCGUGUAGACUAGAAUGUUCCUUUGAUUGUUGUUCAUUCUCUUGAGUGCUAUUGUGGUAUUUUGCCUUAAUAUUACUUUGCUUUUGCUUUGAUAUUACUUUGCUUGUGUGACAAUAAAAUUCCUUAAAAGACAUAUCACUUGUAGCUUUCAUUACCUCGGAGCUAGGGAGACAUUUCAGAGCUCCCAGCUUGGGAUCCGAUUCUCAAAUCG